AUGCCGGACGACCAAGAUGUCAUGGGGCAAAUCCUCGUCGACGUGGUUAAAAUCUCGCUGGAUGCCGGCGCCCCGGUUGACCAAGGAUCUGCUUCGCGAGACAUCUGCGUCACGCCGUUCACAGCUGCAGAAGAAGAAAUAUUCGUCAAUGCUGUCGAGCUUAUGGUUGAGCAUGGGGCGACGUUUGAAGGCUGUCACGUCGACAACAAGCCCAAGAGGCUUGCCAAUUGA